GGGCGGCUACGUCAGAAGGGGGAGGAGCUUGAAGGGAACACCAGGGUCAUCAUCCUCAUCAUCCUCCUCAUUCCUCUCACCAGCCGCAGCAGGAGCAGGAGCUGGCGAGCCGCAUCCUGCAAGGAUGGUGGUGCUACGGCAGUUUGGGCUUCUCCUUUGGAAGAACUACAUCUUGCAGAAGCGCCAGAUCCUGGUGACGGUCAUUGAGAUCUGCCUGCCGCUGCUCUUUGCGGCCAUCCUCAUCGCCCUCCGCCACCGUGUCCAUUCGGUCGACCACCCCAACGCCACCCUCUACCAGGCAGAGACCUUGGCCACGCUGCCCGCUUUCUUCCGCCACUGGCACCCCAAGCCUUGGGAGCUGGCCUUCGUCCCGUCCAACAACACGGCCGUGGAGAGCCUCGCGGAGACCGUGGAGCAGGCUCUGCGGGCGGCAAGCGUCGACGUCAAAGCCCGAGGCUUCCUAUCUGAAAAAGAUUUUGAAGACUACAUCCGAUUUGACAACCAUUCCGGCAAUGUGUUGGCUGGGAUUGUUUUCGAGAACUGCUUUGCUCACAGCCAGGAAGCCUUGCCUCUCCAGAUUAGUUACCACUUGCGCUUCAAGUACAGCCCGAGGAAUGCUCCUCAGAGCGAGCAGACGGGUUUGAACCCCAACCUGGACCGGGACUGGCACACCAGCUACCUCUUCCCACUGUUCCAGUUGCCAGGUCCGAGAGAAGCCAAGUCCGAUGACGGAGGGACGCCAGGCUACUACCGGGAAGGCUUCCUGGCGGUCCAGCACGCGGUGGACAAGGCGAUCAUCGAGUACCACGCGAACGCUUCGGACGCUGAUCUCCUGAGCAGGGUGACGGUGGUGGUGCAGCGCUUUCCGUACCCGCCGUACGUCAACGACGUCUUCCUCCUGGCCAUCCAGAACCAGCUCCCGCUGCUGCUGAUGCUGAGUUUCACUUACACCUCGCUCAACAUUGUUCGCGCCGUGGUGCAUGAAAAGGAGAAGAAGCUCAAGGAGUACAUGCGCAUGAUGGGCCUCAGCAACUGGCUGCAUUGGACGGCAUGGUUCCUCAUGUUCUUCCUCUUCCUCUUGGUGUCCGUCUUCUUCGUCACUGUGCUCUUCUGUGUCAAGGUGAGCGAGCAAGGAGCGGUGCUGACAAACAGCGACCCAACCCUGGUCUUCACCUUCCUGACAGUCUUCUCGGUCUCAUCCAUCGCCUUUAGCUUCAUGGUCAGCACCUUCUUCUCCAAAGCCAACGUGGCGGCGGCUGCGGGUGGGUUCCUCUACUUCUUCUCCUACAUUCCUUACUUCUUCAUCUCCCCGCGUUACGACCUCAUGAGCCACAGCCAGAAGCUGUCUUCCUGCCUCAUCUCCAAUGUCGCCAUGGCCAUGGGAGCCCAGCUGAUUGGCAUGUUUGAAGGGAAAGGGACCGGCGUGCAGUGGAGGGACCUUAUGAAGCCGGUCAGCGUGGACGACAACUUCACUUUUGCUCACGUUCUGGGGAUGCUCCUCUUUGACUCAGUGUUGUACGGCUUGGUGGCCUGGUACGUGGAAGCCGUUUUCCCGGGAGAGUAUGGCAUCCCGCAGCCCUGGUAUUUCUUCGUCACGCCUUCGUAUUGGUGUGGGAGUCCUCAGACAGUUUUGGGGAAGGAGAAAGAAGAAGAAGAAGACCCGGAGAAGGCCCUGAAAAGCCAGUACAUUGAGGAGGAGCCUUCCGACCUGGUCUCCGGCAUCAAAAUCAAACAUCUAUCCAAGGUCUUCAAGGUGGGAGGGAAGGCCAAGGAGGCCGUCCGGGACCUGACCCUGAACAUGUACGAGGGACAGAUCACGGUACUUUUGGGCCACAACGGCGCUGGGAAGACCACCACUCUCUCCAUGCUGACUGGGCUGUAUCCUCCAACGAGUGGCCAGGCGUACAUCAAUGGCUAUGAGAUUUCUCAGGACAUGAUUCUGAUCCGGAAAAGCCUCGGCCUUUGCCCACAACAUGAUGUCCUUUUUGAUCAAAUGACAGUGGAAGAACACCUGCGCUUCUAUUCCGGGUUGAAAGGAUUCCCUGUAGAGAAAUGCCCGGAGGAGAUCAGUCGCAUCCUGCACAUCCUCUGCUUGGAGGAGAAACGCUACUGCCUGUCGAAGGCUCUGUCUGGAGGGAUGAAGCGGAAGCUCUCCAUUGGCAUUGCGCUCAUUGGGGACUCCAAGGUGGUGAUGCUGGACGAGCCCACCUCUGGCAUGGACCCCGUGUCUCGCCGAGCCACGUGGGACCUCUUGCAACAGCAGCGGAGCAGCCGCACCAUCCUGCUCACCACGCACUUCAUGGACGAGGCAGAUCUUCUGGGAGACCGCAUUGCCAUCAUGGCCAAGGGGGAGCUCCAGUGCUGCGGGUCGUCGCUCUUCCUCAAGCAUAAAUACGGUGCAGGAUACCAUAUGGUGAUGGUGAAAGAGCCGUGCUGCAACCUUGGAGAGAUCUCCCGCCUCAUCUACCACUACGUGCCCAAAGCCACCUUGGAAAGCAAUGCCGGAGCAGAGCUCUCCUUCAUCCUCCCCAAAGAAAGCACACACCGGUUUGAGGCGCUGUUCACACAGCUGGAGUUACGGCGAGAAGAGCUGGGCAUUGCCAGUUACGGAGCCUCCGUCACCACCAUGGAGGAGGUUUUCCUCAGGGUCGGCAAGCUGGUGGAUUCCAGCAUGGACAUCCAAGCCAUCCAGUUGCCGGCCCUGCAAUACCAGCACGAGCGGCGCUGCAACGACUGGGCCAUGGACGACUCCAGCAGCCUGAGCGGGAUGACGGACAUGACCGACGACAGCGGGGCCCUCAUCACCGAAGACUGCCCCAACGUCAAGCUGAACACCGCGUUCUACCUCUGCUGCCAGCAGUUCUACGCCAUGUUUAUGAAGAGAGCUGUGUACAGUUGGCGCAACUGGAAGAUGGUGGCGGCGCAGUUCCUGGUGCCUCUGAUUUUCACUGCCUUUGCCCUGGUUGUGGCCAAGACGUUCCCGGGGCCUCGGGACUCUUCGCUGCUGAAGCUGACCUUAAAUCCGUACGGCCAAACGACGGUGCCUUUCUCCACCUCGCAAGGAUCCAGCUUGGCCCAGAGGCUGGCGGCACACUAUCAGGAGACCGUGGAAGCUCAGCAUCAAGUGCCGUUGGAGGUGGUGGGUAACCUGCAGGAAUACCUGAUUUCCCGGGCGUCGGACGAGGGCGGGGCCUUCAACGAGCACUACCUUGCGGCCGCUUCGUUUGAGGAAACCGAGGACCAAGUGCAAGUCACGGCUCUCUUCAACAACCAGGCCUUCCACUCUUCCGCCGCUGCGCUGCUCCUGGCAGACAACGCCUUGCUGAAGCUCUUCGCUGGUCCCAACGCUUCCAUCACCGUCGCCAACUACCCACAGCCUCGCAACGUCACAGAGACAGCAAAGGACCAGCUCAUGGAAGGCCAGACGGGCUUUGCCAUUGCAAUCAACCUUCUCUAUGGGAUGGCUUCCUUGUCCAGCACCUUUGCCGUCCUGCUGGUCAGCGAGAGGGCCAUCAAGGCCAAGCACGUCCAGUUUGUCAGCGGGGUCUAUGUCGCCAACUUCUGGCUCUCAGCUCUCCUCUGGGACCUCAUCAACUUCCUCACCCCAUGCGUGCUCAUGUUGGUGAUCUUCCAAGCGUUUGACGUGAAGGCUUUCACGCAGGACAGCCACCUCGUGGACGUGAUGCAGGUCUUCCUCCUUUACGGCUGGGCCAUCAUCCCCCUCAUGUACCUCCUCAGCUUCUUCUUCUCCGUCGCUUCCACCGCCUACACCCGCCUCACCAUCUUCAACAUCCUCUCGGGAACGGCCACGUUCUUGGCCGUUACCAUCAUGAGCAUCCCAGAACUCGGGAUGGUGGAUCUCUCCAAACUGCUGAAUAAAAUAUUUUUGGUCCUGCCCAACUAUUGCUUGGGACAAAGCAUCAGUGAAUUUUAUCAGAAUUACGAGUUUAUUCAGUUCUGCACCUCCUCCUUUGAGGCUGUCGUCAUCUGCAAAGUGUUUAAUAUUACUUACCAAGCCAAUUACUUUGCCUGGGAGAGCCCCGGGAUUGGCAAAUACCUGACGGCUAUGGCUUCGCAGGGUCUCGCUUUCCUCCUCCUCCUGUUUCUCAUUGAGACCAACCUUCUUUGGAGACUGAGGAAUCUACUUUGUGGGAUGCAUCGGAGGCGGAAAUGGGUGAUGAUGCUGAAUCGAGUUCCCGUAUUGCCAGAAGACCGGGACGUGGCUGACGAGAGGAAAAAGGUUCUAGAAUCGCCAACUGCGUCGCUGUCAUCCUUGAAUAGUCCCCUUGUCAUCAAAGAACUGACCAAGGUGUACAGCAGCAGGGACCUGUGCCUGGCGGUGGACCGGAUCUCCCUGGCCGUCAACAAGGGCGAGUGCUUUGGCCUGCUGGGCUUCAACGGGGCCGGCAAGACCACCACCUUCAAGAUGCUGACCGGGGACGAGAGCAUCACGGCCGGAGACGCCUACGUGGACGGGCACAGCAUCCUGGCCAACAUCAAAAAGGCCCAGCGGCGCAUUGGCUACUGCCCGCAGUUCGAUGCCCUCUUGGACCACAUGACCGGGAGAGAGACCCUGAGCAUGUAUGCCCGGCUGCGGGGCAUCCCGGAGCGCUACAUCGGCAACUGCGUGGAGAACAUGCUCCGAGGGUUGCUGCUGGAGCCCCACGCAAACAAGCUUGUCCGGACAUACAGCGGGGGCAACAAACGGAAGCUGAGUGCUGGCAUCGCGCUGAUUGGCGGCCCGCCCGUCAUCUUCCUGGAUGAGCCUUCCACCGGGAUGGACCCUGUGGCCAGGCGACUGCUGUGGGACGCGGUGGCCAGGACGCGGGAGUGCGGCAAGUCCAUCAUCAUCACCUCUCACAGCAUGGAGGAGUGCGAGGCCCUGUGCACCCGGCUGGCCAUCAUGGUCAAUGGGCAGUUCAAGUGCCUGGGCAGCCCCCAGCACCUCAAGAGCAAAUUUGGCAGUGGGUACACGCUCCUGGCCAAAACCCACAGCGACGAGGAAGACAACCUGCAGGCCUUCAAAACGUUUGUGGAGAAAACCUUCCCAGGGAGCGUCCUAAAACACGAGCACCAAGGCAUGGUGCAUUAUCACCUCACCAAUAAGAACCUCAGUUGGGCACAGGUGUUUGGAGCCCUGGAAAAAGCCAAAGAGAAGUACUGCGUGGAAGAUUACUCCGUCAGCCAAAUCUCCUUGGAGCAAGUCUUCAUGAGCUUCACGCGCUUCCAGCACUACACAGAGGAUCGAGGGAAAUGAGCCGGGCGCAAGGGCUUCUCUCUCUCGCCACUGACUCAGCGGUUGGAACCCGCUGCCUAUAUAUAUAGUAUACAUAGAGACAGUAAUUUAUAUCUCAACGACGUCUUCAACCAUGCAUCCGAGGGCCAUGGCGCAAGGAUGUGCCUGUUCGCAUGUGCAAGGAGGAAUGUCCUUCUCGAGGCAUCCGACAUCUUUCGCUCCGUUUUCACAGCGUCCUUUGCGUCCGCCGGAUCGGUGUCGGUGUCAUUGGUCUUCGCAUGCUCCUUGUACGGGGCGCUGGCAACGCACACAUCCGUACGGCUGCGACUCGCGUCUGUAUGUGCAAAAUCCCUGUGGCAUAUCCGUGUGAAUGAAUGCUGCCGUCCACUGUUCACUUCCAAGGAAACAAGGGAGAGGACCAAGAGGGUGCGGAACCAACCACGUCUCCCAUUCUGGGUUGCAUUGCUUCCAGGGCAUUGGACGUUGGGCUAGGGAUGCUGUCGGGUUCUCUUCUCCCAGUUGUGCUGUGGGUCAGUCUUCCACCAGAAAAAGCACCAAGACACACACUGGUAGAUUCCAACAGGUUUUACUGCACAGAAUACCAGAACUUUCUCUUAGGCCCAUUUAUAUAGGGGCUCUCACAUACCAGAGGGUAAUUGAGGUUUUAUGGAUUAUUAGGUUCCCUUCUCUCAGUUGUGCUGUGGGUCAGUCUUCCACCAGAAAAAGCACCAAGACACACGCUGGUAGAUUCCAACAGGUUUUUUUGUACAGAAUACCGGAACCUUCUCUUAGGCCCAUUUAUAUAGGGGCUCUCACAUACCAGAGGGUAAUUGAGGUUUUAUGGAUUAUUAGGUUCCCUUCUCUCAGUUGUGCUGUGAGUCAGUCUUCAACCAGAAAAAGCACCAAGACACACGCUGGUAGAUUCCAACAGGUUUUUUUGUACAGAAUACCGGAACCUUCUCUUAGGCCCAUUUAUAUAGGGGCUCUCACAUACCAGAGGGUAAUUGAGGUUUUAUGGAUUAUUAGGUUCCCUUCUCUCAGUUGUGCUGUGGGUCAGUCUUCCACCAGAAAAAGCACGAAGACACACGCUGGUAGAUUCCAACAGGUUUUAUUGUACAGAAUACCGGAACCUUCUCUUUGGCCCAUUUAUAUAGGGGCUCUCACAUACCAGAGGGUAAUUGAGGUUUUAUGGCUGGCCCGUUUUAUGGCUGGCAUCUGUUCUUUGUCAGCCGACCAGAGAUAAUAAUAAUAAUAAUAAACUUUAUUUAUACCCCGCCACCAUCUUCCCAACGGGGACUCGGGGCGGCUUACAUGGGGCCAUGCCCAGAAUAAUACAAUAUCACAGAAUAUAAAUAGAACAACAAAUCAUAACACAUUAAACAAUACAAUAAAAGAUAAUAUACACUACAUAUACAGAUGUCAAAGAUUGGAGAUCAUGACCUGUUGAAAUCUACCAGCGUGUGUCUUGGUGCUUUUUCUGGUGGAAGACUGACCCACAGCACAACUGGGAGAAGAGAACCUGACAAUUUGUACAGAAUACCAGAACCUUCUCUUUGGCCCAUUUAUAUAGGGGCUCUCACAUACCAGAGGGUGAUUGAGGUUUUAUGGCUGGCCCGUUUUAUGGCUGGCAUCUGUUCUUUGUCAGCUGACCGGAAAUGUCAAAGAUUGGAGAUCAUGACAGAUGCCUCUUGCUAUGGGGAGAGGCGGAAUUGGCAUUUCAGAGGGAACAUUCUCUGCAUCUGCGUAUUUCUACGUCCAUUUCCCUCUUCAUUUAGUUCACUCGAGUUGCCAUUCCAAAAUAGCUGCCCAGGCUUCUCGAACUUCGCUCUCGCAAAAACUUUGAAGUUCAGCACCUCUGAUUCCCAGACGGUAUAAGUCCCUCCAAAAAAAAAGAACAAAGUUUAAGAGCUACUGUGUUGUCAAACUACUGGUUCGAAGGGUGUUGUUUAUACGAGGGUUGAAUGAAAAGUAAUGCCUCCACCUUCGUUGCUUCGUUUUGGAUGGGAAUAUUUUAAUAAAUCAAAUGCAGAAAUAAUCCUUAGAAUUACCUCACAACCUCUGAGGAUGCCUGCCAUAGAUGUGGGCGAAACGUCAGGAGAUAAUACUUCUGGAACAUGGACGUACAGCCCAGAAAACACACAACAACCCUGUGAUCCCGGCCAUGAAAGCCUUUGAUAACACAAUCCUUAGAAUGUGCUCUUUAACGACCACUAUUCACUUUUCCACAUCAUUACCAGACAAUUGGAUACAUUUCUGCCAUGUUUUCUGAAGGCAUCACGGAAGAAGUCGACACUCUGUUUCCUCAACCAGCGUCUCGCAAGACCCAUUGUGCACAGAUCUUCUGAUAGCCAAGCAAAGCAAUAAUGUGACCCACACGUUCUUGGGAAAUGCCAAUUAUGCUUGAAAUUUCUCUCUGAGUGAUACGGCGGUCGUCUUGAAUCAAUCUGUCAACCUUUUGCUUGUGAAACUCGGUGGUUGCUGUCACAGGAUGUCCACGCAAGCCAAAUGUUCCCACCUCAACAUCUUGAAACUUACUCGCCCAACGACACACAGGACUCACAUCAACACAAUCCCCAUAAACAGCUGGCAUUCUCGGAUGAAUCUCCUUUGGGGUGACACCUUCUGCCGUCAAGAAUUCAAUGACUGCACGUUGCUUAAGUCGCAUUGACCGACCGUCUGCACAGGGUUCCAUACUUCACACUUUAACAACACAACCGUUCCAUGCUAAGGCUUCCCCGUCUGCGCAGGGUUCCAUACUUCACACUUUAACAACACAACCGUUCCAUGCUAAGGCUUCCCCGUCUGCGCAGGGUUCCAUACUUUGCCCUUUAACAACACAACCGUUCAAUGCUAAGGCUUCUCCGUCUACGCAGGGUUCCAUACUUCGCCCUUUAACAACACAACCGUUCAGUGCUAAGGCUUCCCCGUCUGCGCAGGGUUCCAUACUUCGCUCUUUAACAACACAGCCGUUCAAUGCUAAGGCUUCCCCGUCUGCGCAGGGUUCCCUACUUUGUACUUUAACAACACAACUGUCCAAUGCUAAGGCUUCUCCGUCUGCACAGGGUUCCAUACUUCGCUCUUUAACAACACAACCGUUCAAUGCUAAGGCUUCCCACCAAAUGGGACUGUAGAGGAGAGUCUGCUGAACAAACCAGUACCUGCCGCAGACCAGGACUGCCAUCUGUUGAGUUACGAAGGUGGAGGCAUUACUUUUCAUUCAACCCUCAUAGCUUAGAGCAUGCAUGGGCCAACUUGGGCCCUUCCUCCAGGUGUUUUGGACUUCAACUCCCACAAUUCGUGGCUCACCCACAGCCGCCAAGCAGCAUACUGGGAACGAUGGGAGUUGUAAGCGGGAGAACGAAGCUUGUUAAGCACCUUGAUAAAGAGAAAUCCAUGCUCUACAAAGGGAAGGCGAUCCAUAUCCCUCCACAGAUGAAUUAACUCCACAAUUUCUCAACAACGACGUACCCAAGCUCCAUGAAAUAUUCCUGGUUCGGUCACUAAGUAUAUAAAAGUAGUUGUUGCGGUAGAAUAAUCGAUUCAUUGUUUAACAGAAAGUGGUGAUUCUCUACAGAAUUAGAAUAUCCAUCUUUCACGGUUAGCAUUGCGCUGCAAAAAGUUUUCAGGGUCAAACCUGAGCAGCUUUCUGCAAAAGCCAAAUAUAUAGGCUGAGUUUCCAGAAAGAAAAGACAAGAACUUUUCCUGUGGAUGGUGUGUCGCGCCGUUUUGAGUCCCCAAAUACUUAGAGGAGACUCCCUAAACCAAUAGGGUUUUCCUCUGUGUCGGCUGUGCAUCUAAUACGUGGCUCCAGCGGGGACAUCUGUCCAUCAAAAGGGCAUUUCUGUCUGUCUUGUUUGAUGUGUUUUUAAGGAAGGAAGGCAUUGAAAUUUAGGAGACGUUUGGCCUAUUUUAAUAGGAAUAACAUGCUGAAGUUGUGCACCUCUGAGGCUUACUAGGAUCUCAGAGCAUUGGCUUGCUGCUGAGUUAUGGGUUGCUCCAAUCUGUCAAUUUGCAACCUUUUUUGGUUCUAAAAUGAUCAGUGAGUAUACUAAGGAAAUGCACGGAGGAGUAGAUUCAAGACCAGAAAAGGGCGAGGAGGAUGCUUCAUGUUAUCAUUGAAUUGUGAUGAAUGUGGCUGCCCUUGGGAGUGAUGACGCCUUUCAUCGGAAGAUAAACAAACCCAUGGUCACUCAUCCAGGGCCAUUGCUCCCCAAGGCUAUUUUCAACCUCCAUAAAACGGACCACUGCUUUCGUCUGCUUGCAUUCUUAGAAGUAACCCAACUAUGCACCUCCUAAUGGUUCUUCUUCAAGUCCUUCCCUCCAGUGAGGAGCCAGGCAUUAUUUCCUGGUUGGGUCUUCUUGCGGCUCCGUCAUCUCCUGCUGCCUUGUUAUUAGCAAUGCUUCUUAAGGCCCAUUUAACCUCACUCCUCAGAAUGUCUUGUUCGAAUUCACUCACAACAUCGUCAAAGCUAUCGUCUAUAUUAUUAUCCUUCCUAUACAGCUCUUCUGUAUAGUCUUGUCACCUUCUCUUCAGCUGCGAUCCCGGCGUCUCCUGCUGCCUUAUUAGCAAUGCUUCUUAAGGCCCAUUUAACCUCACUCCUCAGGAUGUUUGGUUCUAAUUCACUCACCACACCGUCAAAACUAUCCUCUAUAUUAUUAUCCUUCCUAUACAGAUCUUCUGUAUAGUCUUGCAACCUUCUCUUGAUCUCUUCAGCUGAGAUCCCGUCAUCUCCUGCUGCCUUAUUAGCAAUGCUUCUUAAGGCCCAUUUAACCUCAUUCCUCAGGAUGUCUGGUUCUAAUUCACUCACCACACCGUCAAAGCUAUCCUCUAUAUUAUUAUCCUUCCUAUACAGAUCUUCUGUAUAGUCUUGCCACCUUCUCUUGAUCUCUUCAGCUUUUUCUCUUCAGUUGGGAUCCCGUCGUUUCCUACUGCCUUGUUAUUAGCAAUGCUUCUUAAGGCCCAUUCAUCCUCACUCCUCAGGAUAUCUGCUUCUAAUUCACUCACCACACCGUCAAAGCUAUAUUAUUAUCCUUCCUAUACAGAUCUUCUGUAUUGUCUUGCCACCUUCUCUUGGUCUCUUCAGCUUUUUCUCUUCAGCUGGGAUCCCAGUGUCUCCUACUGCCUUGUUAUUAGCAAUGCAUCUUAAGGCCCAUUCAACCUCACUCCUCAGGAUGUCUGAUUCUAAUUCACUCACCAUCUUCUAAUUCUCGCCACCUUUUCUUGAUCUCUUCAGCUUCUGUUAGGUCCUGGCCAUCUUUGCUUUUGAUCAUUUCUAUAGAGAACAUUAAUUAAUGGCUGUUCCUUCCAUCAACUUUUUGCUUUGUCUUCCUUUCCCAGCUGUGUCUGUUGCGAUCGUCACAUUCCGUCCAGUUGAGUCGGGACCGCAUUCCAUUAAUUUAUUUGGAGAGGUUUAUCAGAAGGUUCUCCUUGAAACAAAACUCUCUCAUUUUGGGGUCUGACUUCCCUCAUGUCCUGCUGACCUGGAAACCUUGCACAUUGUUUCAAAGCAGUGACAUUGCCUUGUUAGCCCUUUCCAUCCAUAGAAGCCUACUUAGCCCUUGGUGGAAAUCCCAGCCCGAAAAAUGGCCUCUUUUCGGAGACAACGGCCAGUUGCAAUUCAUGGCUCCACCUCUUGCAGCGUUUCAUUUGACGCACAUCCUAUGGCGGGAGGGAGCUUUUUCCUCCAUCCUUUGCUUUACUAUAUAUUUUUAAAAGGACUAGCUGUGCCCGACUACGUGUUGCUGUGGCUUAUGGGAAUGCUUUGUUGGCCAGGUGGAAUAGCAGUGAAUAGCCUUGCAGCCUCAAAAGCCUGAACCCUGGCUGUACCCUGGUGCCAUUGUGGCUGAGGAGGUUGCUAGGAGACAAAGUGGGCAGGGCCUAAAGGGGGUAGCGCCUACCCUUCUGACCAGCAACCAGGGUUGAAAACAGCUCUUCCUCGUUCUCUAAUUUGGACUUUAUUUUCCAGGUUUUUAUUGUUUGAAAGACAUAGAUUGGAUGACUAUGUCUUUUGUGGCCAAAUUUGGCGUGAUUUGGCUCAUUGGUUUUGUUGUUUACUCAGUCCUACAAACGAAUAUUGCAUUUUUAUAUACGAGGGUUAUCCAGAAAAUAGAUUGCGUUUUGGAAUUAAAAAUGAACGAAGUAUAGGAGAAAACAUUUACCAUAUGCAGUUGAAAACCACACCCAAAUACCACUUCUCAACAUAGUCGCCAUUCAAAUCUAGGCACUUACCAUAGUGAUGAAUGAGCUUGGCAACUCCUUCCCCACAAAACUCUGCCACUUGCGUCCUCAACCAGCCGGCAACACAGCGUUUUGCCACACCCAAAUACCACUUCUCAACAUAGUCGCCAUUCAAAUCUAGGCACUUACCAUAGUGAUGAAUGAGCUUGGCAACUCCUUCCCCACCAAACUCUGCCGCUUGUGUCCUCAACCAGCCGGUCACCCCUUCCUGAAGCUGUGCAUCGUCGCCAAAAUGCUGCGUUGAGGACGCAAGUGGCAGAGUUUGGUGGGGAAGGAGUUGCCAAACUCAUUCAUCACUAUGAUAAGUGCCUAGAUUUGAAUGGCGACUAUGCUAGGCAUUCAUCAUAGCGAUGAAUGAGCUUGGCAACUCCUUCCCCACCAAACUCUGCCGCUUGUGUCCUCAACCAGCCGGUCCCCUCUUUCCGCAGCUGCGCAUCGUCGCCAAAACACUGCGUUGAGGACGCAAGUGGCAGAGUUUGGUGGGGGAGGAGUUGCCAAGCUCAUUUCCUUACCCGUCUAUUGCUAUCAGUGAUUUUUAAACUUCCAGGGAUUUCUUAAUACCCUGUUAAUGCAGAAAGUGAGGCUUCGAUGGACCCUUCCCUCCCAUGCAUCUGCUCUCAGGUGCAAUGUUUUAUGUCCAGGAUAGAGACCGUGGUCCAGAUCCUUCACGGCUUCAAACAUCAUGUGGAUUUCUGCUCUUGCAUUACGUUUCCACUGAACAACCCCUGGAAUGGAUGCUACGUGUUUGUAUGAGUAGUAUUUGUACAUUAAGUGAAGGUUGAUGUGCAACGGACGUGUGCCAUCACACUGCACGUAGAACCAUUGUCGGCUGGAUACAACCACGAUUUGCCCAUGUCAUCAACAAGGUGCUAGCCCUGGUGGCAAACUGCAACUCCCAGCAUCCAGCUGUGCUGGCAAGGGCUGAUGGGAUUUGCAGUCCAAUGACAUCUGGAGAGGCCUUUGGUCCAUCCCUGGUCCGUACUGCUUGGAGUGUCCCAAAUGUGUAAAUGGUUGGCAUUAUUAUUAUGUUUGUACUUUUUGUUCCUUUGCUUAUACCACAUACCGUCCUCUUGCACAAACCACUGCUGUUUUGCACAGUCUGAGUGUAUCUCUGUGUAUGUUUGUAUGUAUGGAUCCUGUGUGUGUUCGGACAUUUCUCUGCACCAACACUUUGCCCCAGACAGGAUUAUGUAGCGACUCUUUUCAUUCGAUGAGCAGAAGCAAAACGCUCGUCUUUGCAAAGGUCUUGUAAUCUACAAGCCCCUGUGUGAUUUCUGCCCCGUAUUUCACUUCCAAGUUUUGUUCCUGUUUUAUGGGGAAGAGGUUUGUGUUUGUGUGUUUUGAAAGACUAGGAUAACGCAGGCUGCGGGCCAAGGGCUCGUCCGUGUCUGAGACCAAUACGUUGGUGCGCCCGUCCACUCUUUGGUGGCUCAUGUACUGCAUUGGCUGUUGUGGUUACAUUCCGCCCCAUCUCGAAAAAAUAAAUUGAAUUUUCAAA